CAGUUGAAUUUGUUCAGUCAAUCAUCUACAAAACCAAAACAAUCAAAAUGCGCGUCUUCUUCCUCGUUGCUCUGCUCGCCAUGGUGGCACUGGCCACUGUUCAAGGACGUCGUGGAGGUCAGGGACCGCCGCAGGGUUCAGGAGGUCAGGGACCGCCCCAGGGAGGCCAGGGCCCACCGCAGGGCGGCGCCGGAGGCCAGGGACCACCUCAGGGUGGACCCGGUGGUCAGGGACCACCCCAGGGUGGACCCGGUGGUCAGGGACCUCCCCAGGGAGGCAACUCGUCCUCCUCCCAGGAGGCAUCCUCCCAGGAGAGCUCCAGCGAGUCAUCCGCCUAGGAACAUCACUGCUCCUUGCGGUAACUCGAUCGUCGAGUCCUUACAAUACAAAAAAAAACACUUUUAAAACUCUUUGAAUAAAGAUAUAUAUUCUGAUUAUUUCAAAA